GAUUUAUAUACUUGAAAUGUCCAUACCACAUCAGAAUGAAACUUAUAACUGUUUAUCAGGGAUAGUUUAUACUAUAAGAAAUAAAAACAAUGACAAAAAAAUGAAAUAUGUGAAGACUUUUUUUCUUAAAACAAACUGAAGUGUUAAAAUGGAGAUAAAAGAAAAGGUAUACAAAUUGUUUUCUUGAAAAGAACACUUGGUUUUUAAAACCUUAACAGAGAUAUGGAGUUAAAAGGAGGAAACAACACACUUUUUCUAAAUGACACAUUUUUGCUGAAUGACACACUUCUGAUGGACGACACACUUUCGCUGAACAACACACUUUCGCUGAAUGACACACUUUUGUCGAACGUUACCAGCGGGAAUGUUAAAGGCGCUGCGGAACAGGGCAACUCCAGCUCCAAUGAUGGUCACUACUACAUGGGUUUUGGAUUCUUUACUCUGACGAGCAAAAACAUCUACUUCUUGAUCUUCAUCAUAAUUUUCAUCAUACUUUUUGCAAUCGCGUCAGUAAUGCGUCAUCACAGCCAAAAAGCGAAGAAGCAGAAAAAGGAAGAAGACUAUUUGCGAUAUUUUUACUCUGUCAUGCCACACAGCCGUAUCUAUGGCAACCUAAGUGAUCUGUUCGAAAAUGAAGACAAGAAUGGGUCGUGUAAAUUGAAGCGGAAAAACACUGUCUCAGGCAGAAAAGGCAAACAAAAAAGAAAUAGCAGACGCGACACCAGACGACAGUCACUGACAGAUAAAAUCAUGAAUGCUAUGGGCAAGAAAUAUCCGUAUAAUCCUUACGUUUCAGAAGCGAACACAUCAGAGGUUAUUGAGGAAAAUGAAUUUCAGAUCAUUAUUGAAAGUGAUGAUGAUAAAGUUGAGACGAGGAGUAAUCCGGAACUUAAGCUAAACUUAAAGAAAAAGAAAGUGCAGUGGAGGAAAUACAGUUUUCAAAACAUAUCAACUAACAUUUAAGUUUGUGCAUAUACAUGGACAGACAAACAUUUAAUUUCACCUUGAAAGUAGUGCUCAAAACUCGUGUUCAUCGAAUUCAUGUACAUAUUAUGGAAUAUUAUGUGUCUAAACUUCAUAGUAAGUGCUCACAAAAGCUUUACAAGGAUUUCUACUUCUUUGUCUGAAUAUAUGAUGCUAAGUUGAAGUGAUGUCUGUUAAUAAUACAUGGCUAUCUUAAGUGUAGUUUUGACUGCUACUCUUAUCUGAAAAACCAAUUCAUAGCAUAGAAGCUAGGGACUCUUUUUUUGCUAGGUAAUCAGUAUUUUUUUUAAUUUAAAGUCUAUUUUGUACCACAGGCUCAUGUUUUAUAUUUGAAGGUUUAUUUGUUUGUACACUGUAUCUUAUUAAUUUGUCAAUAUUUUAUCAUUCUUGAGGGUUUCCUUGCAUGCUAUGUAUCCAAAAUCAUUGUUAUUAUACACUAUUUAUGUAUCACAACUUUUUAUUAGUAACAACAUCUUAAAAUAUAUUUCAA